CGUCCUCCUGCUUCGCCUUGAGGCUUCCCUCCCGUUGGUUCAUGCGCGAUAAAUGGCGAUUAGACGGACGGCGAUAUCGCGCGGUGUGCGGAUGUUAUCGCGGGUUUGCAACGUUAUCGUCUCUUGGCUAAUUGUAAAGUCGUAAGUGUACGCACAUUCGUCGACAGUUCGUUAUCGAAUUCGCGGUGCUCGACGAAACCGCUCGACAAACGCGUGUGACGUGACUCAUAACUAACUGCACGGCCGAUUAGGAGGGAUUAGGUUAGGACCGUUAGGAGAUUAGGUUAGAAUCUCGCCGUGACCGAAGUGUGAGGAGCGAUAAAAUUGGCAAUGGCUAAUAAACAGUACGGCCUGAUCCUGCCGAAGAAGCAGCCGCAGGGCGCGGCACCGAAGCUCGUCAACGUCUUCGGGGACGACAAUGCCUCCGACGAGGACGACGGCACCGACUGGGUCAGGAAGGCCCUCAAGGCGGAGGGCGAGAAGAACAGGCUGAAGAAGCAGACGAGGCUGGACAUGCAGAAGGCACUGAACGAGGACCCGACGAUCUAUCAGUACGACGAGGUGUACGACGACCUGGAGCGCGGUAAGGGGGGCCAGUCGGACGGCGCGAGCAGGGCGCGGAAGGAGAAGAAGUCCAAGUACAUACAGAAGCUCCUGAACACGGCUGACCGUAGGAAAAAGGAGCAGGAGCACAGGAUAGAGAGGAUGGUGCAGAAGGAGCGCGAGGCCGAGGGAGAGAUGUACGCGGACAAGGAGAGCUUCGUCACGUCGGCGUACCGAGCGAAGCUCGAGGAGUUCAAGAAGAUGGAGGAGGAGGAGGCAAAAAUGAAUAGAUUGGAGGCUAUCGGCGACGUGACCAAGCAGCAGGACAUGUCGGGAUUUUACCGUCAUCUGUACGAGCAGACCGUUGACUACAAGGGGGAGACCAACGAGAAUGAAGGCAGCAAGGCCGAAGAGAGGAGUACGGAGCAGAGGGAGAGGAAAACUUCGACAAGCAGCACAAACGGAGAGAGCGAAACAGCGAACAAGAGGGCGAACGAAACGGAGGAAGGACAGAGAGCGAUUGCAAGGUCAAAAAAGUCGAGGCAAUACAGGCAGAGAGUCAUAGAGACGUACGAAUCUGAUUCUGAAACAGAGAGUAAAGAGGAGCUGAAGAAAGACCGGACCGUCGCUUCGCCAGUGGACAAGGGGGCCGAUACGGCAGAGGUGCAGGAACCGGAGGAGAAGAAACAAAGAUUGGACAAGAGCCACGUGAACCCGGUCGAAAAUAUCGUGGAUACCGAGGAUAGAGAUACAGAUAUACCUCAAAAUAACGACGUCACUCCAGAAAGUGAGAAAGUUGAGAGUAAGGAAAAACCCGUUGAAAAGAAAGACAGAUCUUCCAUUUGGGAAAAGAGAACAGUAGGUCCGGUGUUCGAAGCGGCGUUACAAAGGUAUUACGCGAGGAAGGCGGCAAGGCUGACUGCAGCAAAUUAGAUGUAAUUAAUUUUUUAUAUAACAAUACCCGUUUCACUUUUGCAUCGAUCAAUAAAUGAAUAACUGACCUUACCUCCAAUGGUAAAAAUUGUACAAAAAAAUGUGAUCUCCGAUUGUAAAAAUGUGUAUAAUAAAAAUUAAGGAUAAAACUUA